GGAAUAAGACGGCCAACAAUGGGUCUGUUUGACAAACUGGCUGGCUGGCUGGGGCUGAAGAAGAAGGAAGUGAACGUCCUGUGUCUGGGACUGGACAACAGUGGGAAGACCACUAUCAUCAACCAACUCAAACCAUCCAAUGCCCAGACACAAGACAUCGUCCCAACCAUUGGCUUCAGCAUAGAGAAGUUCAAGACAUCAAGUCUGUCCUUCACAGUGUUCGACAUGUCUGGCCAAGGGAGAUACAGGAACCUCUGGGAGCAUUACUACAAGGAGGGUCAAGCCAUCAUCUUCGUGGUGGACAGUGGAGACAAGUUGAGGAUGGUGGUGGCUAAAGAAGAACUGGAUACGCUCCUCAACCACCCAGACAUCAAGCACCGGCGGAUCCCCCUGCUGUUCUUUGCCAACAAGAUGGACGUGAGAGACGCCCUGUCUUCAGUCAAGGUCUCCCAGCUACUCUGUCUGGAGAACGUCAAGGACAAGCCCUGGCACAUCUGUGCCAGUGACGCUGUGAAAGGAGAGGGCUUACAAGAAGGGGUUGAUUGGCUCCAAGAUCAAAUCAGAACGAUGAGAACGUGAGAGGUUGAGAGAACAUCGUGGGGGGAGUGGGG